UAUCAAAACCUAAUACAUUGAGUUAGAGAUUCGAUUUCUCUGAAUUUCUAUCACCAUGGCUUCACAUGAUCUCCCAGUAGUGAAGAUACUUGAGAUUUCCCAAGUUAGCCCAUUUAUCAACUCAGCCAACUCGCUCACACACCUCUCUAUUCCUCUUACUUUCUUUGAUGUAGUCUGGAUCAAAUUUCCUCCAAUGGAGACUCUGUUCUUUUAUCAAUUCACUGGCUUAACCCUUCUUCGUUUCAACUCAGAGAUUCUUCCUAAGCUCAAACAUUCACUCUCGCUCGCUCUUGGUUACUAUCUCCCUCUCGCAGGCAAAGUCACAUGGCCUCCACAUGCCCACAUACCUACCAUCUCCUACUCUAAAGACGACACCGUUUCUGUCCACGUCGAAGAGUCCAACGCAGACUUUAAUCGCCUGUCCGGCGAUGAUAUCCAUGAGUCUUCUGAGUCACGUCAUUUAAUACCCGAGUUGUUGACGUCAGACGAAAGCACAUCAAGCAUGGCCGUACAAAUAACCUUGUUUCCAAAUCAAGGGUUUUGUAUUGGCGUGGCCAUGCACCACGCAGUUUCGGACGGCGCCACCGCCAUCGCUUUCCUGAAAUCCUGGGCUUAUCUAUCCGCAAACCUGGGCAAAGAAAACCCUAAUUUGUCCCCAGAACUUACCCCAUACAUUGAUCGGACGGUUGUCAAAGACCACACUGGUAUUUGCAUGAUGUACUUGAAGCACUUGUUUCAGUUCAAUGAGUCCGAUAAUCUGGAAGCCAACCAACGAAGCCUGAAGCUGAAUGAAGACUUGGGAUUGAACCGUAAUUCCUUUCGAGCCACGUUUAAACUGACUCGUGAAGAUAUAAAGAAACUCAGAGAAAAGAUAUUGUCCACCAAACAGCUUCAUCUGUCUACUUUUGUAAUUACAUAUGCGUAUGUUCUAGUUUGUUUCGUGAAGGCGAAAGAGGUAGAAGGUCAUAGAAACGUUCACUUUAUUAUUCCAGUAGAUUGCAGAAGCCGUCUGGAUCCUCCACUGCCCCAAAAUUAUUUAGGCAACUGUGUUUAUUUCCGUGACGCGACUCUGAAAGCAGGUGUUUUCAUGGAGGAAAAUGGCGUUGCGAAAAUCGCGGAGAAAAUCAGUGACAUGAUAAGAGAUAUUGAGGAGAAGGAACUUCUUGAAGGUGCAGAGGAAGGUUUAGAAAAGCUGGCUAAGAUUGCUGAAGCAGAAGAACAAAUGUUUACCAUUGCUGGGUCGAACCGAUCCCAGUUUUAUGGAGUUGAUUUGGGGUGGGGAAGACCAAAGAAAAUAGAGGUAACAUCCAUUGAUCGAACAGGAUCAAUUGCCAUGUCAGAGAGUGGAGAUGGAAAUGGCGUUGAAAUUGGGCUCGUUUCUAGCAGUCAUGAAAUGGAGAGUUUCAAGUCAGUAUUUGUCUCUGGUUUACAGUAUGUUUGAAGUUAACCGACGGGGACCAAAUCUAGCAGACUCAUUAUCAAUCAGGUUUUACUCAUUAAACCGGAUUGAUUCAGAAGUAAAUAGUAUUAAAUUGUAGUUCAAUUGUCAAGUUAAACCAAUCUGAUCUUUAUGCUGAUCUUAUAUAAGUAUAAUCUGUUUUUAAAUUUUAAUUAUAUUAUAGUGUCGUCUUCCAUCUGAUUGUCUCGUCGAGCAGCUGCAAUUCAGUCCCUAGGUCUGUAAACAUGGCUUAAACGUUGGGCUUGUUUUAUUAGACUGGUUUACUUGUAGUUCUUGUUUCUCAUGUUAAAAUCUAUAUGGAUAUAGGAAUUGUCAAAUAAUUAUACUCAGUGUUUUAUUUUUAUAGUGGAAAAGGUUUG